GACCGGUAACGCAUUUACCAGUCAGCACUCUGCAGCCGGUAUUGUUUUGUGAGCUUACAAUUAGUGCGGUGCCCGUGAUGUUUUGUUCCUUUGAGAGCGCUAUAUUUUCCAUUGUUCUCUAUCGACGUCGUUCUCUACACUGUUAUAGUGACAUACUACAUUUUGUACUCUACUAGUUGGGAUUAAAUUGCUUACAAUUUUGACAAAACUGUAUAUUAUAAUUUCAAAGUGAUAAAAUACAAUAACGUUAAUAAUAAGCAAAAAAAGACAAGUUAUUUGAAAGAAAAAUUUCACAAGAUUAAAUAAUUUUUAAAUAUUUUAUAUGAUACGAGUAUAGUACCAUAUUUUCUGUACUAUAUUAUACUAUAUACUAAUGUUGAUUAUUUAAAUUAAUUCAAUUAAAUAAUAAAUUCAUUUAAAUAAGAAAUUCGAAUAAUAUAAAAAUUUUUAUAUACUGAAAGAACUAAAAAUUAAGUAAUUUUAAAAUAAGCAUAUUUAUUAAUAAAAUACAUAUUUCAUAAAAGAAUUAUUAUAAAAAAAUAAAUUAAUUGUUUUUUGAUAUAAUCAAUAUCCAAUAUAUAUUAUAGAAUAUAAAUAUUAUUAAUAUAAAUUAUACAUGUUAUUUUAAUAUAUAUUCAUCUUCCAUUUGAAUAAUUAGUCAUACUAUAAUAUAAUAUUACUUUAAUAUCGAUAAAUAUAAUAUUUGUCAUAAUAUUAUAAUAAUAUCAUAUUUAUUAUGAUAUUUGUUUGAUUUAUUUUAAUUAUUUUCAUAUUUUCUGCAUAAUUUUAUACAACUUUAUAUAAAUAAAUUAAUUAUAAUGACAAUACAAAAAUAAUUUUUAAUCUAGAUAAUGAAAUUUUGAAAAAUUAUUUAUUUAUAUAUUUAAUAAUAUAUAUAGAUAACUAUAUAUUUAAUAAUAUACAUAGGUAAACCAAUUAUAUUUUAGUAUAUCUUUUAUUAUUCUGUACCACUAUUGCAUAAUGAUUAUCAAAUCAAUAUUAUAUAAUGCUAAUAAUCACACAUAUAAUAUGAAAUAAAUAUUAAAAAUAUAUAUAUACAUGAUAAACCAAUAAUAAAACGUAAUGAUACUAAUAAGUUUUUGAUUAAUCAACUUUGUUGAUUGCUAUCUAUAAUAAUUAAUUUCGAAAAUUAUUUUAUAUAGUUCUAUUAUUAAAAAAUAACUAAUAAUAAGAACUAUAUCUAUAUUAUUUCGAUGAAUUAAAUUUUAUUAAAUUAACAUAUAUUAGAUUAAAUCAUUAAUUAUCCUUUAAAUUCUUUGCCUUGCAAAAAUUAAUUAAAAUAAUCAUUAUGUAUUAUACUUUUUUCAUUAUUUUAGAAAGAAUUACAUUUUAUUUCAAACAUAAUAAAUAAUUAUUUAUAUAAUUUCGUAUUUCGUUAUGAUUUUUCAAGUAUUUUUUGGAUCACGUUGCGUUGAAAUAGUCUAAUGUAUAAAGACUCAAAAGGACAGAAGCAGAAGAGAAAUUCCCAUAAGUUAAGACAAAGUUUCCAUUUCCCAGAAGACUUUCCCUUUUCUCACCCAGCCCAAAUCGAACGUGAGAAUCCAAUUUCCGGGAGGGUGAAUUCGAUCCCGAUAUCUUCCCCAGGGUAUGGCCGUCGAAAUUCGAUAAACCAUCCCUAUCGAACUCAAAUCUUCGUUCUCUUGGGAUACAAAGCUGUUUGUUACAUCUCUAGGGAAAGGAAUAAACAUAGAUAGAAAGAAAUCGAAAAAACGAGAAGAUUGUUCAUGAAAAAGGAAAUAGUUACGAGGAAGAAAAGAGAGGAAAAUAUAAUUUUUAUUAUAUGUUUAUAAAAUAUAAUUAUUAUCUGUUCUUUGGACUAGAGGUCUAUAUAAAUUAUAUUGAGUUUUCAUAGACGUUCAACAUUAUUUUUUUUAAAUAAAAAAAUUUUUUAUUGCAUACACUAUUAUGCAUAAAUUCUAUUAUUCUCUUCUUUAAAAUGAAGAAUUAUAAUUCUAAAUAAUGAAUUAUUAUUUUAAUAAUAAAUGAAUUAAUAUAUAAUAUACAAGAUAAUAUAUAUAAUAUAUAAUAUGUACGAUAAUAAUAAAAAGAAAAUAAAAUUCUUUAUUUGAUAUUAAGAACAAAUAAAAA